UCAAGUGUUCGUCCUCUUUCGAUCUGGCCCGUUCCGUUCCGCUCGGGGCAGGAUCAGUGUUUCCCGCUCACGCUCGACACGACUCGCUGUUGCUUUGGUAGCGCGAGGAGGAAGUCGUUUCCUUGUGCGCCCCGUACGGCCUACUGGAAUGCCGUGCCCGCUGCAGGACUGCCAGUUAAUUUCUACAUCUCGUGCGAUGCUGAGCACGGGCUCGCGUCAAGUGCCACUUGGUUCUAGUCGUGGAAACGCGUGCUGGAACUGACGAUUUCUGUGGGAAUUGUUAUAAUUGGAUAUGAAGCCUCAGUGUUGUGCUGUGUGCAAUAAAAGUGCAUAGAAGUGAAGAGGUGGUGCAAACGGCUCUCUCCGGUCCGUCUAGUAAGAGAUAUUCAGAGUGAAACUAUGAAAUACUGUGCCAAUCAUCAUAAAAGAAUGUGACAACGUAAUGUGACCACUUCGAAUCGUCGACAGAGUGUAUAUGUGCUUACUGUGCCAGUGUCUACUUAAAGGCUGUCUAGCAGUAGCGAUAAAAUGUGAAUAAGAAUAACAUACAGUCAACCUGCGCAAAAGAAAGCAUGUGAGAAAGAUGCAAAAAUCGAUGUUAAUGGUGCUCGGGACUAUCACUGCAGUGCCUACCGUGGUACAGCGUCCAUUCCUCCCGUGCGUCCGUAAUGGGUCUGGAUUUACUGCGUGACCAGCAUUACUUGCCGUCGCGCCGGAUGCCACCAGUGAAAAUCGUAGCCGUAAUAAAAGCAUCGUGUUGCGUGUCCGCGUGCCUCACGGGGGGCUCGUAGUUUGGGCGCGUGUUUAGUACGUACAGUAGUGGGUAGGGGGUAAGGGUAAGCGAGUAUUAGCGACACGCGUACUGGUAGUGCCCACGCGACGACAUGUUGGCCAUGCACCAUAUGACACCGGUGGAAGUUACCCAAAUCUCCAACCUGCACACGCUCAUCCUGGAAAUCAACAGUGAGGUGGCACUAUUUCGCGACCUGCUCAUACACGUCGGCCAAUCGAGGGACUGUCCGGAGCUGCGGGAGAAGAUCCGAAAACUUCGCCGAUCCUGCGUCGAGGCCUGCAAGCAUACCGCCGCCCUGAUACUGCCCCAAAUACGAACCGCCAUCGCCGAGGGUAUCCUGACCGAUAACCCGCACCUGGUGCUGCUGUUCUACCUUGCUCAACUAUUUCUAAGAGAAUUAAUCAAAAGCCACCGACUGGUGCAGGUAAUACCGAUGGACAUGUCCGGCUAUUACGAGAACCGGGCCGGCCCGUCCAAUCUGGGCAAUGUGAUAAGUCAGAUACUGCUCUGCAAGCAAAUUACGCCCGACUUCAACCAGGAGGAGCUGUGCAGCAUUACGAAGGACUCGCAGGAGAUCGCCCGAAUACUGCAGGAGCUGCAGGAGUUUAUGCCGCAGCAGGAAAACUACCUGGAGCGAACCAUUGCCCUGACGACCGAAAUCAACGGACCCUGGCCGGCGAAGCGACGGCGUGGAUCAUUAUACAAAAACAUGGGCCUGCUGUGCUGCGUCUCUCGGCCCAACUACCUAUGAAUGCGGACGUCACUGCGGCCGAGUGUGCCGUGGACUGAUCCGUUCGAUCAGCCAGCCGCACAAUGCAUCAUCGCCCUCCCAAGAGCGUAACCGCAACCGCGUAACUCCCCCUCGCCCCCGGCAGUGCACAACAAUAAAAAGGGCCGCUUCUCCCCCCACCCCUUGUCGCCCGCGAAUCGAAAACCCACCGACCCUGAACCAGGCAGAAAUGGCAGGAAAUGUACCCGUGGCGUUGAUUUCAUCAUCAACGGUAUGGAUCACUCCGCAUCACAGUGUCAUCGAUGGAUCGAGCGCGCUCGAAAAGCGUUGACCGGACGUGGCUGGGUUCGUGCAAAACUUGAAAUUUCGUAUUGGUACGGCCCCGUAGCGUGGCCGGGGAAAGUAGAGCAUCGUUGCUCACUCGCCAGUAAGCUUGCCUGAGAAGGAAGCUGGAUGGAUAACGGCAGCCCGCGGUAGGAUAUCGCUUCCGGGCUCCGUUUUUCGGUUAACGAUAACCACAGCCAGUGUGUGUGUGUGUGUGUGUGUGAGUAUG